GUUGUAAAUGAGGCCAAACCCUGUGAGAUUGAUCCUUCACGUUUAAGAGAUGGGGAAGAUGCAGAAACAGACCUGGGCAAUCUGUUUACUUAUGUCAGGGAUGCUGUUAACACUAUUGUAAGUUCAGGUCUCAUAUGUCCACCUGUCAUGCGAGAUGUGUUCUCAACACUCAAGUCUCAGGCUAUGCUCAAUUAUCCAGAUAACACAGCUGUUCGCUACCAUGCCGUGACUAGUUUCAUCUUUCUGCGGUUUUUCACUGCAGCCAUCAUGGGACCAAACCUGUUUGAUUUAUAUUCAGACAUUCUUGACCCAUCUGUACAAAGAACAUUCACUCUUAUCUCUAAAGGCAUCUCAGGACUUGUUACCCUUGUCAGCUCAAAAUCAAACAAUGUUACAGCGAAGGAAGAGUACAUGGCACCUCUGUUUGAGAUGUUUCCCAAGUCAACUCAGACUGAUAUAAAAAUG